GCGCGGCGCAGCCAGAGCCGCAGCUGCGUGUGUGAACAGCACUGCCGGAGGCAGAAGUGGACAAGCUGGAAGAUGGAUGAGGGAUGGAUGCUAAAUGGGCUUGACCAAAAGAGCAGGUGAAAGAUCAAGAUGGCAAGAGAUUUGUCUUUGGUUUAAACCACUGCAAACGCCGGUCCACUACUUUCGCUUAAGCUAUGUUUAUGACCACGCUCUUGGGUGACGUCUGUACUUCUGCAGCCUAUGCGGACAAUCCACUUUCAAGGACUAUUCUAGUGUAACGCUAGUGCAAAUAUCCAACAAUGAGUGGCUGCGCCUUCAAAGUCUUUGUAGCCUCACUUCCUCACAUUGUCAAAGUGCUGUAGAAAAACAGAGGAGGGGCGCUUUCAUGUGGAGUGCAGAUUCUGACUCAUGUGGCUCUUUUGUCCAAUGUGCAGAUGUGGGACGUUCAAAUUCCAGUGUGGCACUCUCAUCAUGAAUGCCUUUCUCGUGUCUCCUGUGCCUGAAUUUGCUGGAUCGAUGCUUCAGAAACCGAGAGUGCGCCAGAGCUGCGGUGCCUGAGACAAGACAGGUCUGUGAUCUUCUCCAUCACGACGGCAUUUUCAUGGGGCAGCUGCCAAAACCAGAAGCAUCCCCACCCAGUCGCACCUUCUGAAACUCUCCUCUGCCCUCCCCAUGUCACCUGCAUGAUGGAUUGGUCCCCGAACUUCACCUGUUUCUUGGUCACAACAUCGGCAGAGUCCAACUGGAGUGGCACCGGCUCCCUCUCCGAUCUCCCUGGCGCCGGCGGAUCCUUGUCGGUGUUCAGUGUGCUCGUCUUGACUUUGUUGGCUCUGUUGGUGGUGGCCACUUUCCUUUGGAACGUGCUGGUGCUGGCGACUAUUUUGCGGGUGCGCACCUUCCACAGGGUGCCCCACAACCUGGUGGCCUCCAUGGCCAUCUCGGACGUGAUGGUGGCCGCCCUGGUGAUGCCACUCAGCCUGGUGCACGAGUUGUCUGGGCGUCGCUGGCGUCUGGGCCGACUUCUGUGCCAGGUGUGGAUCUCCUGCGAUGUGCUGUGCUGCACGGCCAGCAUCUGGAACGUCACUGCCAUCGCGCUGGACCGUUACUGGUCCAUCACCCGGCACCUGGAGUACACCUUGCGCACCCGCCGGCGCAUCUCCAACAUCAUGAUCGCUCUCACCUGGGUGCUCUCAGCCUUCAUUUCUUUGGCACCAUUGCUGUUUGGCUGGGGAGAGACUUACUCAGAGCCCAACGAAGAGUGCCAGGUCAGCCAAGAGCCGUCCUACACCAUCUUCUCUACCUUUGGGGCUUUCUACUUGCCCCUCUGCGUUGUUCUGUUUGUGUACUGGAAAAUCUACAAGGCUGCCAAGUUCCGCAUUGGAUCCCGGAAGAGCAACUCCAUCACUCCCAUCACACCUGAAGCCCUAGAGGUCAAGGGAGCCUCUCAGCAACCCCAGAUGGCAUUUACUGUCCGCCAUGCUACAGUGACCUUCCAGACAGACGGGGAUACAUGGAGGGAGCAGAAGGAGAGGAAGGCAGCCCUGAUGGUGGGCAUACUUAUUGGGGUCUUUGUGCUGUGCUGGAUCCCCUUCUUCAUCACGGAACUCAUCAACCCGCUUUGCUCCUGUGACAUCCCACCCCUUUGGAAGAGCAUCUUCCUCUGGCUCGGCUAUUCCAAUUCCUUUUUCAACCCUUUGAUCUACACGGCCUUCAACAAGAACUACAACAAUGCCUUCCGGAACCUCUUCUCCAGGCAGCCCUGAGCCCUGUGAGAGGUGCUUCCUAUGAACAUAAAUCUCCCUCCUUCUCCCUGACUGAGACACGGGAAGGCAUCCACUCGCUUGUAGGAAACUCCAGUCGAUCUGUUGAUAGUACAUUAAAUGCUCAGCUGUUACCCAUUUAUUGUAGGAGCUUGAGGCAUCUUUCUGAAAGGGAAUACCUCUGUAGUGAUGAUAAUGUAUUUUCCCAGUACUCAAACUGUGGAAUGCUGUUUCCGGGACAACCUGAUUGGUUUUUUCUCAGCUAGCGCAUCAAUCGCAGCUGUUAAUGUGAUGUGGAACGCUGUUUUUGCCUAUCAACAAUCACCCAUUGGAUGGAAAAUGUAACACCAUUUAUAAAGAGUGGGAUCGACUUCCCCAUGCACACCUUUGCCAUUUAAA